GGCCGCGGCCACCGCCGCCGUUUCAACAGCAGUCCAUGGCUGCCGCUGCCGUCAUUUACUAACCGCACAACGACCGUCGCAGUCGCACUACAGUUCGUCGUUGCUGAUAAUCGUUUCAUUUGGACUUGCACGAAACAGAAAAAAUGGUUUUAGCACUCGAGAAACCAGCGCCGAAAUUCAGCGGAACCGCCGUGGUAAACGGAGAGUUCAAAGACAUCUCACUGGAUUUGUACAAAGGAAAAUAUGUCGUUUUCUUCUUCUACCCGUUGGACUUCACGUUUGUGUGUCCCACUGAAAUCAUCGCUUUCUCAGACCGCGCUGACGAGUUUGCCGCCAUCGACUGCCAGGUGAUUGCGGCUUCGUGCGACAGCCACUUCAGUCAUUUAGCGUGGGUCAACACCCCGCGCAAUGAAGGCGGUCUUGGAAAAAUGCAAAUCCCGUUGUUUGCCGACAAGUCUGGCGCCGUGGCCAAAGAAUACGGAGUGUACAAUGAGACAUCGGGCAUCCCUUAUCGAGGUCUGUUCAUCAUUGACGGCAAAGGUAACCUCAGACAAAUCACCAUCAAUGACUUGCCAGUUGGCCGAUCGGUCGAUGAGACUUUGCGACUUGUACAGGCGUUCCAAUACACAGACAAAUACGGAGAAGUUUGCCCAGCCAACUGGAAACCUGGUAGCAAGACCAUUAACCCGGCGAAAUCUCAAGACUACUUCAAAACUGUCCAAUAAACGCGUUAUUCGUUUUGUACCAGACCCGUACGAAGUUAUUAAUCGCCAUUAACACCAUGGCGUCUGUGUGUAACUGCUCGAGGGUCUUGAAAAAAACAUAACUUAUGGGAAUAAGGGGUGGUACAAUAAUAUUAAUUAUUAUAAUAUAUUACUUAUUAAGAAAGAAUUCUUUUGGUAUUCUCACGCUUAUUAAGAUACUUAUUAGUUUUAUUACUUUUUUUUCUACAAUACUUGUAUAUGAAUUAUUUUAUUUAUCUGUUAAAUUUAUUUGUAUUUUGGCCAUAAACAAAGAAAAAUAAAUAAAUAAUACAUAGAAUUAUUUUCAAUAA